GCAGCGCGGCUCCCGAGCCAUGGGGCGGCUGCUGGCGCUGAGCUUGCUGGGGAUCGCGCUGGCGCUGCUGGGCGAGAGGCUCCUGACGCUCAGGAAUCGACUUAAAGCCUCCAGAGAAGUGGAAUCUGUAGACCUUCCUAAUUGCCACCUGAUUAAAGGAAUCGAAGCUGGCGCUGAAGAUAUUGACAUACUUCCCAACGGUCUGGCUUUCUUUAGUGUGGGUCUAAAAUAUCCAGGCCUCCACAGUUUUGCACCAGAUAAGCCUGGAGGAAUACUAAUGAUGGAUCUAAAUGAAGAAAACCCAAGGGCACUGGAAUUAAGAAUCAGCCGUGGAUUUAAUUUGGCUUCAUUUAAUCCACAUGGUAUCAGCACUUUCAUAGACAGUGAUGACACCGUUUAUCUCUUUGUUGUAAACCACCCAGAAUUCAAGAAUACAGUAGAAAUUUUUAAAUUUGAAGAGGAAGAAAAUUCUCUUUUGCAUCUAAAAACUAUCAAACAUGAGCUUCUUCCAAGUGUGAAUGAUGUCAUAGCUGUUGGACCAGAACAUUUCUAUGCUACCAAUGACCACUAUUUCUCUGAUCCUUUCUUAAAGUAUUUGGAAACAUACUUGAACUUACGCUGGACAAAUGUUGUUUACUACAGUCCCAAUGAAGUUAAAGUGGUAGCAGAAGGAUUCGAUUCAGCAAAUGGGAUCAAUAUUUCACCUGAUAAAAAGUACAUCUAUGUUGCUGAUAUAUUGGCUCAUGAAAUUCAUGUUUUGGAAAAGCACCCUAAUAUGAAUUUAACUCAGUUGAAGGUACUCAAGUUGGAUACCCUGGUGGAUAACUUAUCUAUUGACCCUUCCUCGGGGGAUGUCUUGGUGGGCUGUCACCCCAACGGCCAGAAGCUCUUCGUGUAUGACCCGAAGAAUCCUCCCUCGUCAGAGGUUCUCCGCAUCCAGAAUAUUUUAUCUGAGAAGCCUACGGUGACUACAGUUUAUGCCAACAACGGAUCUGUUCUCCAGGGAAGUUCUGUGGCCUCCGUGUAUGACAAGAAGCUGCUCAUAGGCACUUUAUACCACAGAGCCCUAUACUGUGAGCUCUAGAUGGUCCUGGGAUGCAGGUGUGCUAGCAUCUCGAAAACUAAUUUUCCAUGAAUUGCUAAUUCUGAGGGAAUUUAACCAGCAACGUUGACCCCCAAAUGUGUGACAUAUACAGUAAAUUUAUUUCGGCAAUUAAAGGACCCCUUCAGUUCACAUAGCACUUUUAACAUAAAAAGAAAGUGAACAGUUCUUAAAAAUGCCAAGUAAAGGUAAGAGAAGAAAGCUGCUUUCAGCUAAGUGAAUACACUCUACACAAAAUAAGCCUCAUGUCUGCCUUCCAACUGCCAGAGCAUGAAUUCCACUGAAACAGGGUAGAUUAUAUUUCCUUAAAAUGUGAGUGACCUUAGCUCCACCAGUGUGACCACUAUGACUCAGAACUACUGAUACAUAACAUGUUUUGAUGUCUUAUACUUACAUCUUUGUUUACUAUUAAAGAGUUGGAGUUAUAGUAAAGACUAAAACCCAAGUUUUGUCUGUGCUUAAUUCUCAUGGCAUA